CUACCGUUUCCGGUGACGCGCCCUCCUCUCCACUUCCUGUAAACAAAGCAGCAGCUGCUGUCACAUUCCUGUGUUUUCGCUCAUUCUGCCUCUGCUUCAGCGUUUUCAACGAUGGCCCAGGCCGGAGUGGUCCUGGACAAGGACCAGUUCAACUGUUCGAUAUGUCUGGACGUGUUGAAGGACCCAGUGACGAUCCCCUGCGGACACAGCUACUGCUCGGGCUGUAUCCAGGACUACUGGGACCAAGACGACUACCUGGGGAUCUUCGUCUGCCCGCAGUGUCGACAGAACUUCAACCCGAGGCCGGCGCUCGCCAGAAACACUAUGUUGGCCGACGUGGUGGAGAAAUUCAAAAAGACCGGACUCCAAGAGACCACGACGACCUCAAACCAAAGUUUUGCCGAGGCCGACGACGUGGAGUGCGACGUCUGCACCGGGAGGAAAAACAAGGCUGUCAAGUCCUGUCUGGUGUGUUUGGCCUCCUACUGCGACGUCCACGUCCAGCCUCACUACGAGUCUGCUGCUUUCAAGAAACACAAGCUGGUGUCGGCCUCCAAAAAGCUCCAGGAGACGAUUUGUCCCCGACACGACAAGUUGCUGGAGGUGUACUGCCGCACCGACAAACAGUGCAUCUGUUACCUCUGUCUGACGGAUGAGCACAAAGGGCACGACACGGUGCUGGCUGAGGCCGAGAUACAGCAGAAGCAGAGGCAGCUGGGGGACAUGAAGCACAGCUCUCAGCUGAGAAUUCAGCAAAGAGAAAAGGAGGCCCAGGAGCUGAGACAAGCCAUUUUCUCUCUCACUCGCUCUGCUCGUGCAGCAACCGAAGAAAGCGACACCGUCUUCACCGAACUGAUUCGGUCGAUUGAGCUGAAGCGUUUCGAGGUGAGAGAGCUGAUCAAAGCCCAGGAAAAGACAUCCGUCAGCCAGGCUGAGCAGCUGCUGGACAAGAUCCAGAAGGAGAUUGCUGAGCUUAAGAGGAGCGAGGCUGAACUGGACAAACUGUCCCACACUGAGGACCACAUCAAUUUCCUUCAGAGUUGUCAGUCUCUCCAUGCUCCCCCCGUGCUCUCAGCUUUGCCUUCGGUCACCGUUGACCCCAACCUCACUUUCGGCCCUGUGAUGACGGCUGUGUCGGAUUUUAAAGGACUGUUGCAGGAGGUCUGCCAGGGUGGAUUUGUCAGCAUCUACGAGAGAGUGAGAGAAGUAGUGAUUGUAGGUUCUUCAAAUCCUGCCCCACAGAUAGACACAGCGCAGUCUGGUGAUACUGGGCCAACUGAACAAAUGGAAGCAACACUACUGAUCCCUCCACAUGGCCUGGACCAAAGUCCUGUGAGUCCUCUGAACCCUUUCCUCACAACGGGACCUGUUACGCCCACGUUUGCCUUCUCACCAUUUGGCGGCAAACUCUCCUCAGGAUCCAGACAGAGGCACCUUCAGCGACGUGCUCAUUCCAGGAGGAAAUAGACUUCAAAUGGAUAUAAAGAUCAACAUUUCACAUGCACCUACACGGCCUGAAUAUCAUUGUACUUGACUGCUCUCCUCUCAUUUUCAUCUGUCAAAUAUGUACUGAAAAGCAUGAAUUUUACAUUUAACAGUUGAUCCUUUGGCAGUAAUGUAAUUGUGUUGUUUUCACCAGUCAGCUAAACUUGAACUGUGCAUUGUAGUGCCAACGGGAAAGAGAUGAGGAAAGCAUUUGUAAGUGCCACUGAAGACCACACUGCAUUUACUUUAAUAGUAUUAAGCAGCACCAAGCAGGACUGAACUCACUACAUAUUAUUUACAGUACAAGAAAAUUGCCUUGAAGUUUAGUAAGGUUUUAAUUGUUAUUAAGCUAUGCUUUUAUAAAUAUUUUUUCAUUUUUUGUGGUUAAAAAAAACUCAUUUUGCUUUACAGACAUGUAAUAAUAGUGUGAUUUGAUGACUGCCGGCAUUAAAAAGCAAACACAUUUGUACAAACUC